GGCCGCGGGAGGAGGAGCGGGAGCGUGGGAGGAUGGGCCGCCGCUAGGCUCGCACUCGGGCCGCGCCUCGUCGUGCGCAGGGUGGGUGCCCGCGCCUCAGCGUCCGCGGGGGCGGCGCGGCGGGAGGUGGCCGAUCGGCUCCGGGCCUCGCAGCCCAGCCCCCGGCCCAGCGGGCCUUUCCGUCGCGCGCCUGGCCGAACCGCCCGCCCGCUCCGGCUCCGUCGCGGGCGGGAGAACGGAAAACUCCCAACUUCCUGAGUUUUAAAGUUCCUGUUGCUUCAGACAAUGGAUGAGCAAUCACAAGGAAUGCAAGGGCCACCUGUUCCUCAGUUCCAACCACAGAAGGCCUUACGACCAGAUAUGGGCUAUAAUACAUUAGCCAACUUUCGAAUAGAAAAGAAAAUUGGUCGUGGACAAUUUAGUGAAGUCUAUAGAGCAGCCUGUCUCUUGGAUGGAGUACCAGUAGCUUUAAAAAAAGUGCAGAUAUUUGAUUUAAUGGAUGCCAAAGCACGUGCUGAUUGCAUCAAAGAAAUAGAUCUCCUUAAGCAACUCAACCAUCCAAAUGUAAUUAAAUAUUAUGCAUCAUUUAUUGAAGAUAAUGAACUAAACAUAGUUUUGGAAUUAGCAGAUGCUGGUGAUUUAUCCAGAAUGAUAAAGCAUUUUAAGAAACAAAAGAGGCUAAUUCCUGAAAGAACUGUUUGGAAGUACUUUGUUCAGCUCUGCAGUGCAUUGGAACACAUGCAUUCUCGAAGAGUCAUGCAUAGAGACAUAAAACCAGCGAAUGUGUUCAUUACAGCGACUGGUGUGGUAAAACUUGGAGAUCUUGGGCUUGGUCGGUUUUUCAGCUCCAAAACCACAGCUGCACAUUCUUUAGUGGGUACACCUUAUUACAUGUCUCCAGAGAGAAUACAUGAAAAUGGAUAUAACUUCAAAUCUGACAUCUGGUCUCUUGGCUGUCUACUAUAUGAGAUGGCUGCAUUACAGAGUCCUUUCUAUGGUGACAAAAUGAAUUUAUACUCGCUGUGUAAGAAGAUAGAACAGUGUGACUACCCACCUCUUCCUUCAGAUCACUAUUCAGAGGAACUGCGGCAGUUGGUUAAUAUGUGCAUCAACCCUGAUCCUGAGAAGCGACCAGACAUCACCUAUGUCUAUGACGUAGCAAAGAGGAUGCACGCGUGUACCGCAAGCAGCUAAAUGCGCAAGAUCAUGAAGAAUGUAACCAAAGUAAUUUAAAGUAUUUUUGUGCAAAUCAUACCUCCCCAUAUUUGUCUGGGUGUUAAAAUUAAUACUUCAGAGCUAAUGUGCUUUGAAUCCUUAACCAGUUUUCAUAUAAACUUCAUUUUGUACCAAUCUAAACCACCUUCUUGCAACCCCCAAAUGACUUUGGAAUAAUCCAAUUACAUGUAAGGAGAGUAAAUGAAACAUGGUUUUUAAUGGCUAAACAUUUUUAGAAUUAUUUGGAGUUUUGUGCUGAUAAAUUGUGUUCAGACAGAUUGUCAGUGCCAAAUACUGAAGGUGCAGCUUGGCACGUAUCAGGAUAGACUUGAAACCUGAGGAAAAGUAUCUGAACAUGUGACUUUGUUUGCUUUUUAGUCAUUUAUGGACAUUGAGAUGAACACAGUUGUGAACUUUUGUGAUUAUUUUAUUUUUUAAAGUUUGAAGUAUGUGUUUUAGUUCUUAGCGUGGUAGCUUUCAUAUAAUUCUUAUGAUAAAUGUAGACAUAAACUAAGAAACAUUUGAAAUUUUUAGCUUAUUCAUUCAAACUGCAACUAUUAAAUGUGAAAAGAUUGGGGACAAAAUGUGAGUCAGACACUGAAGAGUUUUUUGUUUUGUUUCAAUAUCUUUGAUAUUCUCUGUGCAUUAAAAAGGUAUAAAUGAAUCCAUUUAAAAAGUGGUUAAGGAUUUGUUUGGCUGGUGUGAUAGUAAUGUUUAAAGUUUCACAUUACACAAAGCUUUUUGUGUGUGUGUUUUUAUUAUUGU